GAGAGGGCAGCAGCGUUGUAUCCCACAUCCCCUGUAGACCCGCGCUGCGGAAAGCGGGGCCCCGUGGAAGGAAGGGAAGAGGGAAGGCGCCCCUCCCCUCCUCUUCCAAGAAAGCCAGCCCACCGCCGCCUUGCAGCGCGCUCCUCCUCGCCGCCCCUUUGGGCUGGCCUUCCACACACACACACACACACAGAGUGGGAGAGAGAAGGCGAGGAGCCCGCUCUUCCUCCUUUCCAGGUGGCAGCCUCGGCCCAGGUGUCUGUCUUGAUUGACGAGCAGCAGCGAAAGAGCCUCCUUCUCCUCCUUCCUCGCCAUGGGCGCGCAAUAAACGCCCAGCGGAGGAAGAAGACGCAGGAGCCGAAGCAGGAGGAGGAGGAGGAAGAGGAGAAGCCCCGCCGCCCACCUUCGCCAACCUGCGGCCCCUUCAAACUUUCAGCCUGCCUGGCCGAGCCUUCACGAGACACCCAUGGUGGAGGCGAUAGUGGAGUUUGACUACAAGGCUCAGCAUGAUGAUGAGUUGACAAUCAGUGUUGGUGACAUAAUCACCCACAUCAGGAAAGAAGAUGGAGGCUGGUGGGAAGGACAGCUCAAAGGCAGAAGAGGUUUGUUCCCUGACAACUUUGUAAGAGAAAUAAAAAAAGAUGUGAAGAAAGAACCUUUUGCCAGCAGAGCAACAGAAAAAUCUAUACAUGAAGUUUCCAAUGGAAGUCCUUUACUGUUGUCUGAGACAAUUAUUAGAACCUCUAAAAAAGGUGACCGAAAUAGACGAAGAAGAUGUCAAGUGGCUUUCAGCUACAUGCCCCAGAAUGAAGAUGAGCUGGAGUUAAAAGUUGGAGACAUUAUUGAAGUUGUGGGAGAAGUGGAAGAGGGUUGGUGGGAAGGAGUUCUACAUGGAAAGACUGGCAUGUUUCCUUCCAACUUCAUAAAGGAACUUUCUGAAUGUGAUGAAACUAGAACUAUUCACGAGGAGCAACUAAUAAAACCAAGAAAAUCUGCCUUUGAAGGGGCAAUUCUGUAUAAGGUGGCACCAACAAAGAUUGACAGCUACAGACGCUAUAACAGUUUAAGAGAAGCUACAGGCUCUGAAAGUGAUGGCGGUGAUUCCAGCAGUACAAAAUCAGAAGGAGCUAAUGGAGCAGCAACAAUUCAACCCAAAAAAAUUAAGGGAAUUGGCUUUGGUGACAUUUUCAAGGACAAACCUAUAAAAUUACGCCCCAGGUCAAUAGAAGUAGAUAAUGAUUUUCUGCCACUUGAAAAGACAGUUGGGAAAAAAAUACCUGUGGCUACAGCAAUUCAGGAACCAGCAAAAAUAGAACUGGACAACAGAACAAAGGUAAAGGAAUAUUGCAAAGUUAUAUUCCCAUAUGAAGCUCAGAAUGAAGAUGAGCUGACAAUCAAAGAAGGUGAUAUUGUUACUCUUCUCAACAAGGAGUGCAUUGAUGCUGGCUGGUGGGAAGGAGAGCUCAAUGGUAGAAAAGGAGUGUUUCCAGAUAACUUUGUUAAACUACUACUUUCUGAUUUUGAAAAAGAGAGACCCAAGAAACCACCACCUCCAUCGUCUUCUGCCUUUAAACAAGGAUCAGCUACUACAGAUCGAAAGCAUGAAAUCAGAAAGGUACCUCCUGAGCGACCAGAAUGUCUUCCUCAUCGAACAGAAGAGAAAGAAAGACCAGACAGAGAGCAAAAACUGUUAGAUUUACAGAAGCCUUCUGUUCCUGCUAUACCACCGAAGAAACCUCGACCGCCAAAAACAAACUCCUUGAACAGACCUGGUACGUUGCCUCCAAGAAGACCAGAAAGACCAAUUGUGCCUAUGACCCAUACAAGGAGUGAUAUCCCAAAAGUUGAUCUAGUGGGCUGCACAUUGUCCAGCACCUUAGAAAAGGACUCUACAGAAAGAAGCAAUGACAUUGAUCUGGAAGGGUUUGAUUCCGUAAUACCAGUUGCUGAAAAACUUAGCCACCCAACAACUACCCGACCAAAAGCUACUGGCAGAAGACCUCCUUCACAGUCAUUCACUUCUUCUUCACUUUCGAGUCCUGAUUUUUUUGAUUCACCGAGUCCCGAAGAGGAGAAAGAAGAACAUGUUUCCCUUCCACCCAAAGUAGCUGAGCCAGUAAAGAAGCCCAAGACUGUUACAAUAUCGCUAGUAUCUGAUAACAAAGCUACAUUGCCUGCCAAGCCAGGAGGCUUAACAAGUGGAAGUAAUCUUCCCUCUUCAUUAUCAUCCUCAUCUGUACUUCAUCCAGUUGUAGCAGGAACAACAGGUCAUAGGUCAAAUUCCCCAUCUUUGUUCAAUACUGAAGGAAAGCCAAAGACUGAUCACUCCAACCAAGGUGAAGCAGCAGCAUUGGAAGAGCUGAGGACACAAGUUAAGGAGCUACGAACUAUCAUUGAAACUAUGAAAGAUCAACAGAAAAAAGAGAUUAAACAGUUGCUCUCAGAAUUAGAUGAAGAAAAAAAGAUCCGCCUGCGGCUACAGAUGGAGGUGAAUGAUAUAAAGAAAGCUCUUCAAUCAAAGUGAAAAUUGCAUAGAUAGAAUGUUGUAUUGUUCAUCGUGACAGAGACUUUAUGCCCCAGACAAAAUAACUUUGUGCCAAAUGAUUAAAAGAUCUGCCUACGUCCCUUUGUUUGAACAACUAGCACAAGAGUUUGAAUAGCACAACACAAAUUCCAGUGAAGAAAGGAAAUGUCCAUGUGACACGCUUGCUCAGCUAUCGCACUGGUUGUGACUGAAAUUGUUUUUACUGUGCUAAAAAAAGUCUUCUCUACUUCAAGUUCACAGAGAAAUGAAAACUCAGGCAGUUUAGAUCCUAGUGGUACUAUUUUAAUGAUAUUUUCCAUAAGUAAAAUGUACUUCGGGUUUUAUCAGUUUACAGGUUUUAUGAUUUUGACUUUUUAAAUUGUCUUUUGUCACAGAGAUUCUUAAAAUGUUUGUACAGCAUAUAGCCAGAAAUGAAUGUUGAUAUUUGGGUGAGGGGUUGGUUUGUUUGGUCUUCUCUCUUUCACUCCUCUCUCUCUCUCUCCUUUUCUUCCUCUGCCUUUCUCUCGCUACCCAUAAAGCAGCUUAAUUUGUGUUAUCUUAAAUAUGCAAUUCUAUGCCCAAAAAUUAUCUACAAGAUGAAUCUUAUGUUUGUGUAUAAAUAUUUUAUUUUAAAAGGAGAAAAAAAUGAAAAGAAAUCUGAUCUUUGCAAUGAUUUGUGCCUUCUUUUGCCAAACACUGAUUGAAACCGAUUGUGGGCCAGAUCUCGGACAUGUAGCUAAUGCUAUCACAAAAAAGCCUAUCAAUCCACUAGAGGUCACUCUUCAUUAGCUGCUUGCUCAGAAGAUACUCGGUGUGUAUGUAAGUGUGAGUGUGUGUGUCUCACUAAAGUGGUGUAAUGACCAUAGCAGGUUGAAGUCGCAUUCUUUCAACAGUUGUAGCUUUAUUAAAAAAAAUAUGACUCAACUGAGAUUUCCCUUCUGCUUGAUUAAAUUCAAACGUUUGAAACACCUGCUUUUAUCUCCAGUUUUGCACAUCUUGGGUGAACAAAUUUUGCAUAACAUUAAGAGUAACCAUGAAUAAAAUAUAAAUCAAUGGGAGAGAGAGAGUUGUAUUAUUUCAUGGCACAGAAUAAGGUGCAAUGUUAACCUGGUGUUUCAUGUCAACUGCCACAUUUAUGGUAAGCUUCCUAGUAUGGAAAGAAGAAUGAUUUUGUAUAGGGAUAUCCAGCAGCGGUUUUGUUUCCUAGAAUUACAUAAAAAGCAGUGUUUACUUAAUCUAUUUAUGGAUUGUGAGAAUUUCAACUUUUGAAAGUGAUGGAGUGAAUGUGUGUGUUUGAAUAUGUAUGCAUAAUUCUUGAAAAUAGCUCAUGACAAAAAACUGUCCUGUUUUUAUAAUAGAUGAUACUAACAAAGCAAUCCUAUACAUGUCUACUGCGAAUGCCUUUUAGGUUCAGCAGAAUUUACUUCUGAAUGUCUAGAAUUAUGAGCCGAGGGGACAACCCAGAAUUAAUUUAUCAUGGAAUAAGUCCCACUAACUGCAAUUAAUUUCAAAGAUUACAUGGUUUGUCUCCUUGAACAAAAAAUGAGGCAUAUAUGCUGCUGAAAUAGCCACCUUUUUGCUGUGGUUUUGGCACUGCUGUGGUCAGAGCUGUGAAGUUUAUAUUUAAUAUCUCACAGUAAAUCUGUUUUAUCAUAUCUUAAGUGUGACCAUUCAGCAUUUCCCCCACAAUCUUAUAUUCUAGUCUAGAACUGUUAUGUUCUAAUUUUAUUGAAGACCUAUGAUAAGCCUCUUAAGUAUUGUGAGAAAGCAGAAAAGUAUUAAAAUUUACAUACCAAAAUGGAAUAAAAUGUUAUAUUCAGUGAUGCAUCAGAAUUCUUAUGUUAAUGUUGUUGAUGUCUCAUUUGUUAUCUUUUAACACAAGCACUAAUUUUUAACAUUUGUCACUGUGAUGCCUCUGGGAUCUUAAAACAACAUUAUUAUGUUAAUGUUACCAAACCCACCUUGAUAAAUAUAUUUUACAUAGUACUUUAAGCUUGAAGAUACAUCAUGGAUUCCUUGAUCUUCCCAACAUCCAUGUGUUUGAUAGCUACUGUUGGUUAGCACUACAGUAUUUAUCAUUUUUUACAGAAGGAGAUCUUUAACCCAUUCCUAAGCCUCUUUAAAAUACAUGGGAUGUUGAGCUGUAAUUAAUAUGAGACUGCAGGGUCCAUGAUAGUACGAUAUAAGUACCAACCUAAGUGCUUGGGAGUGGGCAAAAGUUAAUAUAAAUUUUAGAUGUGCACUUGAAAUGCUAGCAGUCUGUGGGCAUUGGCAUAUGGGCAAGGCUAUGCUUCAGUGUCAUGCCAUUUUGAAUGUUUUCCUGGGAAAAGGUGUGUACAAUAUGCACAUGUAUUAUAUACUGGGGCUCCUUGGGCUAUAACAGUGGGAAUCAAUGUGGCAAGGAAGUGAGUAUACACAUUUGCCAUGAAGUAGAGCUACUUCUUACCGUGCCCUGGUUCAUUCAUUAUUAUUACUGCAGUAUGAAAGCAGCUUCCCUAUGGCUGCCUCAGACAUUGAUUAGAUCAAGUGGAUAUUAAUUGGAUAUAUUAGCUAAAUCUUACACUGGGUCAAAUAAUGAUAGGGUUUCUUUUUAACUUCCAAGCCACCAUCACUUCUCCUUGGGAUCUGGAGGAACUUGAAAGGGAGGUGAUGAUAACAACUGGCCAUGGUCCCAGUAUACAGAUGCUGACACGGCAAAGUGGGACCUGAUCAUGUUGGUGUGGCUUGCAUGCCUCAAAAGAGUAAUACUAAAUUCAGGGCCUAAAUUCAGGAGCAAAGUAGGCUCCAAACCAGAGUUUCCUAGUGAGCCUCAGUAGUUAUCUUAAAGUUUCCUAGCAAUAAAGAUUUAUUAGCUACUAAAAUAAGAGACUACAACAGGUCAACAAGUAUACUACCAUUCGAAUGAAACUUGGAGUUAAAAGGUAGCUUCGUAGAUGUCUGAUUCCACUCACUUGAAGAUUUAACUGUAAAUAAUUACAGUGUGAAUUUGAAGACGGCCUUGAAAUGUAAGGAUUCUAAAAUAUUAUUUUGAAAAGGGGAAAAACUUAUCUGAGUUCUGCAUUAACUGACCUGAAAUUGGGGUCUCCUAAUUUCUUUUUUCCCUCCUGUUAUGAUGGUAAAUUGUCAUUUUAUAAAAUCUGUAUUGGGGAGUCCAACAUAUUGUGAUUUGUAAAAUAAGAUUAAAUGAGAUUUUGUGAAAAUA